GGAAUCAUAAGCGAUGAUUCGGAUGUUUGGUUGUUCGGUGCCAACGUUGUCUACAGAAAUAUGUUCAACCAGAAGCGCCAACUGCAAAUGUAUUCAAGCAGAGCCAUUCAGGACCAGCUAGGGUUAUCACGAUGGGAAUCAAUUCAGAUAGCGCUUUUAUCGGGUGGCGACUAUACAGAUGGCUUGCAAGGUAUUGGUGUCGUUUCGGCACUGGAAUUGAUCGCUGAAUUUGCUACUGCGCGGCAAAUUGAUGUGGAACCGGAGGAAGAGGCGUUUGAAAACCUAAAACGAAUAUCACUUUGGAUGAACAGAAGCGAUGAGACAGCAACUGUCUCAGACGAUGUACCAUCAUCAAGCAGUGCUUGCAACGAGGGGACCCAAUCAGGAAGAGCUGUUGCGCAAAAAUCUAGGGAAAAUUCUAGAAGGCUGAAAUUGCGGCGUCUGAUUGAAAGAAAUAACGACGCGGAAACUCUUGAAUCGGUUAAUAUUUUUUUCAACUAA